GCGCUGUGGAGCCACAAUGGGGAAGGCCAGCCUCCGGAAGUAACGCCGCCCGUGAUUGGAGCAGCCACGUCACGUGACCGGCUUUACAGCGGAGUUUCCACGACAGCUGGAAGCCGAGCGAGCGGCAAAAGGGCGCAUCGCUUCUUCUUCUUCUUCUUCUGGGAAACACUCGCGACCAACCAGGCUUCUGCUCGUCUCGGCAACCCCCUCCAGAGACACCCUGGUCUGGCAUGGGCGACAAGAGGAGUCCCACAAGGCCGAAGCGUCAACCGAAGCCCUCCUCCGACGAGGGGUUUUGGGACUGCAGCGUGUGCACGUACAAGAACACAGCAGAGGCUUUUAAGUGCAUGAUGUGUGAUGUCAGGAAAGGGACAUCAACAAGGAAACCACGCCCAGUCUCCCAGCUCGUCUCGCAACAGCAGGCCACUCAGCAGUUCGUGUUACCCCCGCAGCCCAAAAAGGAAAAGAAGGAGCGCGUGGAGCGAGAGAAGAGCGACAAGGAGCCGGCGCUCAAGAGGAACAGCCACAAGAAGAUGCGGCCCAGGUUAAAAAACAUCGACCGCAGCAGCGCCCAGCACCUGGAGGUGACGGUCGGCGACCUGACGGUCAUCAUCACGGACUUUAAGGAGAAGGCCAAGCCCUCGUCCACGUCGGCGUCCUCGUCCUCCAGCGCCGCCUCCGCCGCCGACCACCACAGCCAGAACGGCUCCAGCUCGGAAGCCACGGAGAAGGGGCUCUCUCGCUCGUCCUCGCCCCGCGGGGAGGGCAGCUCGGUGAACGGGGAGUCCCACUGAGUCCGCCCCGCCGAGCUCGUGUUUCGGCGGCACGCAGAAGACUCUGCGCUCCACUUGACACUCCCCACUUUGAGAGGAUCCCGACACGGGAUGCGAAGCUUCCUCACAGACAGCGAGCAGCCUUUUCACAGGACUGCGAUACACACGGAGACAAGCUUCGGACAGCGGGGACAUCUCAAGGGAUGCACCAGCUUAUAUUUUCUUCAUCGCAGCGUCCAGCCUGUCCGUCAUCUCUUUUUUGGGGGCACAAUUCCAUAAAGACUGCAGAAUAUUGCUCCACUUUGUUCCGACAGAAGUUUUUGGAUUAAAGCCCACUUUUAGGGAA